GUUCCGGUGCGGCUGCCCGCUGGUUGCUUUGGCACUUGCUGUUCGGAGCCGCCGGCGAAAACCACUUUUCGCCCAAGGACACGUUUGAUGUUCCGAAUGUUCAAGUUGAAUGCCAUUUUUCAUCUGACAGCUAGGUAAAUUUGCGUUCUAUGUUCGAGCGAUGGAGUGGCUGAGAAACUGGCUAGGCGUAGUACAAGCGACAGUGAUGACUGGACCGAAUGACCUCAUUCGGCCUUCUGCAAGUGCUUCCCGGCUGGUUACAGCUUUUCCUCAUUUCCGGUUCCGGUACGAUGCUCCCGCGGCAACCCUUCUACCGUCCCUUGCGGCAGUUGCCACUUGCUCUACGUCUGCUGACACAUUUCCCGGGCAUGCGCUUCUUGGGCACGAAGUACUCGGCACAAAGCCAAAGUGAGGCCUCUUCGGCGCUUGUACUCAUCUGCUUCGCUCCGGACAAAGGGACCUCCUCUCUGGGUGAUUCCAAGGCCGUCGUAUUAAUAAACGGCCAGUUCCACUACGGCGUGCCAUUAGCGAUGGUCAACAUUUCGCCGCUUCUCAGCCGCACCGUGGAGAACACAUUUAGCGUUGGCAACAAGCUCAUCCCACUGACGGUGGCAGUGCGUGUCGUCGUAGCUGCGAGGGUAGCCGAGGACGAGAUGCUAUGCUCGCUGGACGAGAACGCACCGUACGCCGUCAGGCGGGAGGACACGGCAGCGCUGGUGAAGGCCUACUUCGCCGAUGCCGACGAGACGAUUGUGGAUAAUUUGCAGUUGUCCCUGGUCUGCCCGCUCGCCAAGAGGAAGAUUCGGGUCCCAUGCCGUGGUGCCCGUUGCCGGCACGUGCAGUGCUUCGAUGCCUACGCCUACCUUGCCCUCAAUGAAGGCACACUGUAUCCGUCCUGGAGCUGCCCCGUCUGCAACGACCAGGUCCACCUGGAGGACAUGCGUGUGGACCUGUUCACGCUGGACGUGCUCCGCGAGGUUGACGAACAGUGCGCUGCUAUGACCCUUCAACCCGAUGGCAGCUGGGUGCCGGUGACAGACUGCGGCGACCAUAGCUUCAUCACGAUUGAAGACAGUCUCGUAGAGGAGACCAAAGGGACGCUACGCGAUAUAUCCCUCAUUGACUUGACGCUCGAUUCGGACUAGGGCCAGGGACUGACGCUGGCUUGGUUGUCUGAACGACCAGUACGUGUCAGAUGUCGGCAUGAUUUCGUCUUCUGCUCAUGGUACGCCGGCAAGAAAACGAAACGGUGUGCCAGAAGUGGGUUUCGAGGCGCCUCCAUUUUCGCCAAUAAUUUUGACUUAUUUAGUUGCGCCACCUGUCUGUAAGUGGCUAUGAAAAUUACAAGCGGUCAAAGAAACCGCGAAAGAUCAUGCAGCUUCGUGAACGUACGCGGUACAAGCUGGAACCAGCAACUAUCGGCUUUCAUCAGUAAUAUUACCUAGGCUUAGAAUGUUUUACGUAAUGUAUACGAUUGUGUACUUUUAGUGUAUUUAGGUUUUUAUUACAUUGUAUUAUUAUAUAACGGGAAAAUAUAUCCGUGCUCUAAAACCA